AUGAUGUCGAAGGUGCAGACCAUGCCAUCGGCUCCUCUGCCGGGCGGCACGUUUGGUUCUGUAUUCUCGGCUAAUUGGGUGAAACCACCCCAACAUUGGCAGCGUUUCACCCCAGCGGCAACGUCUACAAUUCCAGACAUCAAGGCAUCACUGCGCAGUCACCUCAGGCCUCUACUCGGGAUUGGCCACGAAGAUUUUGUCUAUGGUCAGAAUCGAUGGAUUGCGAAUUUAGGCGGGCCUUUUCGCAGCCAUUUCGAAUCCUCCCCGCCGGCCGAGCAGAUUCGUCAGCCAACAACUGCCGAUAAAUCGGCACAAGAUGCAGAGGAGGCUCAGUCGACGUUAUGGAGGGAACUUCCGCAGUGGAAGGCUGUUGUCGGAUCCGAGAAAAUGAAGAAACUACUCGCGGGUGUGCUCAAUGACCUUAUGACGGAAUUUGUAAACUGGUCCUAUGCGAGAGUCUACCGGCCAAACCUUCAUCUUCACUUGGAAUUCUGGGUCGAGCACCUGUUUGCGCGCAUAACACAGAAAGCAUUAUCGGCGCUUGACGGCAACUCGGCCACCACGCAGCUUCCCGAGACUGAAUUGAAGAAGUGGAAAGAUAUGGCCACUGCACGUCUGGGCGCACUACGUGUCGACGAGCUGUUCGACAUCAUAGUAGACUGGGAUGCCACUGCUCCGGCGAUUGAUGACUUACGACGCUUCACGACCAACCCUGCUACGAGGAGCUAUUUGACUCACAACUUUUCGAAGGUGCUUCAGAUGCGUCUUCUGCAUCCUGGCGCUUCAACAAUCAACAUCCUCCAAAUCUACAUCUCUAUCAUCCGGUCUUUUCGAAUCCUCGACCCCAAAGGUGUCUUACUCGAUCGCGUCGCCAGAAAGAUUCGCCGCUACCUGCGCGACCGGGACGAUACCGUCCGAGUGAUCGUGGCCGGGCUUUUGAGUGAUCCCGUGACCGAAAACGGAGAGCCUCCAUCACCAGACCCUGAAGUACUUACAGAACUGGCCGUUGAGUUGACCCAGAACACCGGACAAAAAGGGGGUUCUGACGAUAGCGAAUUUGACUGGAACGACAUGAAUUGGGUUCCUGACCCUGUUGACGCAGCGCCGGAUUACAUGAAAUCCAAGAAUACCGACGUCAUCGGCAGUCUGAUCACCCUGUUUGACACCAAGGACGUCUUUGUCAAAGAGCUUCAAAAUAUACUGGCAGAACGACUGCUAAAGAAAAAGGCCGACUAUAACCAAGAGAUCGGCGUGCUGGAGCACUUGAAGAUCAGACUCGGUGAUGCCGCAUUACAAGGUUGCGAAGUGAUGCUGCGAGAUGUGUUGGACUCACGAAAGGUCGAUACCGUGAUUCGAAGAGAUCAAGGCAUGCAGGAUGAUGCCGGCCAACCACGCCAGGAGAAUGACGUGCAGCUUCAUGCGAAGAUCUUGUCACGUCUUUUCUGGCCGGCCAUGCCGGAACAAGCAUUCAACGUACCGAAAGUGGUGUUGGAGCAGCAACAGACUUACGAAAAAGGGUUUGAGGCCCUGAAACAGUCACGAAAGCUCACUUGGGUGAAUGCCAUUGGACAGGUUGAGGUCGAACUCGAGUUGGAGGAUCGCACUUAUCAGGAAGAAGUAUUGCCAUGGCAAGCGGCCGUGAUCUAUGCCUUCCAAGACGAGGCGACUGUGGCGGAAGGGAUCAAUGGCCCCGUGCAGAAAACCAUAUCUUCCCUAGCAUCGGAGUUGGGCAUGUCUCCAACUCUGGUCCGAUCCGCAUGCAUCUUCUGGUUGUCGAAACGGAUUCUGGUCGAAGUCGGCCGCGACACUUUCACAGUAUUGGAGAGGUUGCCCGACGACUCCGGCAACGAUACUGUUAUGAGCGACAACGACCAGCACCCGGGCGGCAAACGACAGGAUGAUUCGUCUGCUGCUGCUGCUGCCGCGGCCGCGGCGGUGGCUGCCCAAGCGGCAGCAGCCCAAGCAGCCAAGGAGGCUGAAGAAGCUGAACGCCAACAGAAAAUGGCAAUGUACCACCAGUUUAUCGUUAGUAUGUUGACCAAUCAAGGAGCCAUGCCGUUGCCGCGCAUUGCUAUGAUGCUAGGCAUUGUGGUGCCUGGAGGAUUUCCGUUCAGUAAUGAGGAAUUGAAGGAGUUUUUGGCCGGUAUGAUCAAAGAUGGCGUCCUUGAGGUUGGCCAUGGUGGGGCGUACAGGGUUACCUCGUGA